UCAGUUGAAGAAUAAAAUUAAGAAAAAAAUAUAAAACAAGAAAAAGAUGCAUCUUCUUAUUGCAUGGAUAUUUCUUACGUUUUUUGUGUUUUUUUCAUGUUUAUUAAUAAUGAAGCGCUUUUGCAAGUUACAUAUGCCUUUCAAAUUGUUUAAGGAAAAAAAAUCAUAUUUUCAAGUAGAUUCUUCUUUUCAAGCAGACCUGGAGGAAGGAUUUUCAUCAAAUACGUUUGAUCUUUAUCAGAAUAUUGAAAAUGAAGAUAGUAGGGCAGGUCUUGAUAAUUUGGGAAAAGAAGAAAUUUAUCAUAUUAUGAAUAAGUAUAAAUGUGGAUUCGAUGAUGCUAGAGUCAUAUCUAAUAAAGAACGUAUGAAAUACAAUUCAAUUGAUCCUCAAACAGGAAAACCUACAGAUCCAAGGGCAGUUUUUUUUUCAUAA